AUGGAAUUUAAGCGUGGCGUGCCUUGGUAUCAACUUAUGUACAUGAAGACAGACAAAAUCGAGAAGGUCCCUCCACAUGAAGUAAACAGAUCUUUCGAAAGAGCAGAAAAAAAUUAUCAAAAUUGGAUUGAGAAGCAAUCAUUUGAUGAAAUCACAGAAAACAUUCUCGAGAAGGGUACACUAAAGGAUAAAUUCGCAUCUUACAAAGUUUUAGCUCAAGAUGAGCCACUUAAAAUGCUUGAAUACCUCAAAACCAUCAAUGAACUUCUUGCUGGCAAACCAAGAUUGCAAGUUGAUGCAAUGAACUGUGGUGUCUCCAUUUAUACAAAAUUUUUACUUCCAAAACGCAAUCUUCGUAAAUUUGCAGUUGAACCUCUCAAAGAUGCUCCAGAAAACCAUCUUCUUCUCUUCUACUUUGAAGAUAGACUCAAAUUCUACUUUGACGAGUUCACAAAGCGUUUAGAACGCGCUGCACGUGCAAAACAAGAAUUCUUGCGUGAUAACGCUAUUCGUCAGCUUGGUGAACUCCUCCGUCUUACAAAAGAAAACUCUGCUGUCCAUCUCAACAUUCUCAUCGAUAAAUUCGGAGAUCCUUUGUCAGCAGUUUCAAAUAUCGCCAAAGGAACAAUUCAAACAGUAUUACGUCAGCAUCCAUACAUGUGCGACCAAGUAGUCAAAGUACUUCAAUCUCGCAUGAAUAAAUUUACAGAACCAGCUCAAAAAAGAGCUCUCAAGUUUAUUGGCCAAAUCAACAUCAAAAAUGGAAGCGAUGAUACUGCCAAAGAGGUCCUUAAGACAGCCCGUAAGCAACUCAUGGCCAUUCUCGAUAAAAAAGACGAAUCAAAUAAUAAAGUCAUCACAGCUCUCAUGAAAUCAGUCCAAAACUGCGUCGGCAAGUGCGAACCAAAGGAAGUCGAAGAAAUUAUCGAUCCUCUUUACCGCUACAUCCAACAUUCGAGCAUUGUUACAACUCUUCCAGCUCUUAGGCUACUUUACGUUAUCCACAGGGCACAUGGUGAAAUUCCAAUUAAAUUCUACGAGUUCUUCUACAAAUUCUUCAACUCUGCUGAUCUUGGAUCUUCAAAUAAACAUCCACAGAUCUUAAACUUCCUUUUGGAAGUUCUUAAGGCAGAGAAUGAUAACUCUAUUACAUGUACUUUCUUACAUCGUUUGUUACAUAUUGGAUUACACAUGAAUGAUAUGUUUGCUGUCUCUGUUUUGUACUUCUGUGCUGCUUUAUUCAAAGAGAAGCCACAAUUAAGAUCAAUGAUCAAGAAGGUCAAUCCAGAUCUUGAGAAGAAAUAUGAUUUCAGAUCAGAUUCUCCGAAAUCCGAAGGAUCAACAGUUACUUUCCCAUGGAUCCUCAACAUGUACAUGAACUAUUUCCAUCCAAGCGUUGUUGAACUCGCUACUGCAAUAGCUACAGGAAAUGAGGUCAAAUACGAUGGAGAUCCAUUCGAUGACUUCGCCGUUACAACACAGUUAAAGCAUAUUGCUGGAAUUACUGAAAUUUCUGAAGAUGAUCAGAAAUUAGUCACAAAUUGCUUCGUUGGUUUCGAUGCUAUUCCUGAUUUCGAUGACGAAGAAGGAGCCAAUGAUGAUGACGAUGCUGCUGCAGAUGAAGCAGAAAAUUAG